AUUUCAUUGACUAUUUAUUUUCCUAAAAGUUAGAAAACUAACAAAACAAGUUCAUUGUCACAAGACAUUUUCUACAUAACGUGCAUUGGGGGCGAUCCAUAUAUUAUUUCUUUACUCUCUUUGUGAUUUUGCGUACACAAAAAUGUUUAACGUUCAUUGAAAAACAUGAAUCUUCUAUAUAGAAUAUGCUAACACUAAUGUACUCGUCAUGCAAUGGAGUGGCAUAACCUCUUUGACUCUGUCUAAACUUGGCUUUUAUUGACCCCACAAGUUGACUAAUCGUAUUUGAUCAUGCAUGGUAGGUUAAGAACAUUAGGACUUGUUCAAUAUACAAUAAGAAUAAAAUCCCUGAUUUUAUAAUCAGCCGUCAAAUAUUUUUAUUCCUUCUCAAAGUUAUUCUCCUCAAACCUCUAAUAUAAGCUAGCACGCUGCUAUACACAAAUAUAGAAACGCACACUAUGGAGAAUGAAGCAUUCGGUAUGGAGAAUGAAGCUUUUGUAGAUGGUGAAUUGGAGUCUCUUUUGGGGAUGUUCAAUUUUGAUCAAUGUUCUUCUAACGAAUCGAGCUUUUGCAAUGCUCCUAAUGAGUUUGAUGUUGUCUCUUCUUCUGAUGAUUUCUUCCCAUUUAGUAAAAUUCUGCAAGGGAACUAUGCGGCCGUUCUUGACGGUUCCAAUCACCAAACGAAUCUUUAUGAUGACUCAAGACAAGAGCUGGUGAAACCAAGGAAGAAGCAAAAGAUAAGUUCAGAAAGCAAUUUGGUCACCGAGCCUAAGACUGCUUGGAGAGAUGGUCAGAGCCUAAGCAAUUAUAAUAGUUCAGAUGAUGAGAAUGCUUUAGGUUUAGUGUCUAAUACAUCAAAAAGCCUAAAACGCAAAGCAAAAUCCAACAAAGGGAUAGCUUCCGAUCCUCAAAGCCUAUAUGCUCGGAAACGAAGAGAAAGGAUAAACGAUAGGCUAAAGACAUUGCAGAGCCUAGUUCCUAAUGGGACAAAGGUCGAUAUAAGCACAAUGCUGGAAGAUGCCGUCCAUUACGUGAAGUUCUUGCAGCUGCAAAUCAAGCUCUUGAGUUCAGAUGAUCUAUGGAUGUAUGCACUUCUUGCUCACAAUGGCCUUAAUAUGGGACUACAUCACAAUAUUUUGUCUCGGCUUAUGUAA